AUGAUGCCUGGCCUGCGACUGCAAGGCUGCCGUUCCCUGCACUUAAACGAAGACAACGGGCGCUUUGUGUUGCUCGCCAUCCUCAUUAUAGUGUACCUGCUGUGUGGCGCUGCGGUCUUCUCUGCCAUAGAGAGGCCGUCGGAGCUGCGGGCUCACGGCCGCUGGAACGGGACGCUCCACAACUUCAGCGAGACGUUCAACAUCAGUCUGCGGGAACUCAACUCGUUUCUGCGGGAGUACGAGGCGGCCAUCGCCGCAGGGAUCCGGGCUGAUGCUCUCAGACCAAGAUGGGAUUUUACAGGAGCUUUCUAUUUUGUUGGGACCGUGGUAUCGACUAUAGGUUUUGGGAUGACGACUCCAGUGACAGUGGCGGGAAAGGUGUUCCUUAUCUUUUAUGGGCUCCUGGGCUGUGCUGCCACCAUCCUGUUCUUUAACCUGUUUCUGGAGCGGAUCAUCACGCUGCUGGCAGUGGUUAUGAAGGCUGUGAGGGAACGCCGCAUCAGGAACAGUGGGCUACUGCCUCCAGGGAUCAAACAUGACUUCUCCUUCUACUCACUCCCAGGGUGGAAGCCCUCUGUGUACCACGUAAUGCUGAUUCUGGGCAUUUCGGCCAUCACCAUCUCUUGCUGCGCCUCUGCCAUGUACAGCCCGGUGGAGGGUUGGGCCUAUGUGGACUCCCUGUACUUCUGCUUUGUCACUUUCAGCACCAUUGGCUUUGGGGACUUUGUGAGCAGCCAGAGUGCCACUUAUGAAAACCAAAGCAUCUACAGAGUGGCAAACUUCUUCUUCAUGUUGAUGGGGGUCUGCUGCAUCUACUCUCUGUUCAAUGUCAUCUCUAUUGUCAUCAAGCAGGUGCUCAACUGGAUGCUGGAGAAAAUGAGUUGUUUGUUCUGUCAGCGUUGCAAUAAAGCAAAUGCGUUUCUGGGCCGACGUAAUGCAAUUCGCCCGGGUUCUAAGGGGCGCCAGGGCCGCUUAGGCCAGGAGUCAGACGGAGCGUGUGAUAGUGACACCGAGGGGAGGCGAUUAUCAGGAGAGAUGAUCUCUAUGAAAGACCUUGCAGCAUCCAACAAAGUGUCGCUGGCCUUAAUGCAGAAGCAGCUGUCGGAGUCGGCCAAUGGGUAUCCCAGGACGGUCUGCGGCAGCUCCAGGCACAAUGGAUUCUCUGGGGGGGUAGGGGCACUCGGAAUCAUGAACAACAGACUGGCAGAGACCAGUAACUCCAGGUAG